AUGUUAAUUCAUACUAACAUACAAACUAGACUACCAUUAAAAAUUGCUUCAUUUUCUGGGAAUGGUUUUAUUUUUAAUAAAUUAACAAAUCGUCCAAUUACAAGUAUUGAAGAACGAAUUGAAAUUGAAUUUCAAACGAAACAAUCCAAUUCCAGUUUGUUUUGUGCAGGUAGUGAAACUCAAUUACUUCGUUUAGAUAUAGUCAAUGGGCUGUUGAAAGUAUUUCUACAUUUGCCAAUUACAGAAAGUGAUAUUUCGUUAAAUUUGGUCGAAGGGAAUGAUGCAAUUAUUCAAAAUCAUGGUAUUUAUCGAAAGAAAAAGCUGUUAAGUUUAUUUCAAUUGGACAUAGUGAUUCAGUCAAAACUUGAUCCAACAUUACGAUUGGAUGAUAAUCAAUGGCAUUCAGUUAUAUUGGAAAGAUCAAAUUCAUUGUUACAAGUAUACAUUGAUGACGAUUUAAUAUUUACACGUUUACUUGGAUCAACUAAUCAUCCACGUGUAUAUUUAUUGCAUACACAAAUUAUUGUUUUAGGUGGACCUUAUAAAUUAAAUGAUAUAUUUCAAAUGAAUUCACUGAAUAUUCUAUCCGAUAAUAAUUUUAUUGGUUAUAUUUCAAAAGCUAUUUUUCAAGCGGAUUCACUUCAAAUGAAUAUUUUAGAAUUCACAUUAUCCAGUUUACAUGGUUUUCGAAUUCAACCACUAUUUCCUUGGAUAAAUAAAACAGAUCAUCAAAUGAAUGAAUUUCUUCUACCCGGUACUAAUGAAUUUAUCAAAUUUAUUCAAAUAUGUGAUUUAAUUCAUCAAAUGAAUCAGUUACCUACUUCCCCGAUUCAUUUUAAUUCAACAGCAUUUUUUCAUGAAAAUAUGUUUCUCACUUUAAAAUUGCCAACAUUCGUGAUAAUGGAUUUAUUACAGAAUUCCAUUGAAUGUAUUCCACAUAAUUCAAAUCAUCCGAUCAAGUCGAUCGAUACACUGAAAUGGAUUCAUUUAGAGCUACAAUUUAAUCAAUAUUCAAUGGAACAAAAUGGUUUAUUAUUUCUAUUAAGUGAAGAUACCGAUCAACGGCUGAAACAUUUCACAUUUUUCAAUAAUAUCAAUGAUCAAUAUGAUGAUAAUGGCCGAUUGAUCAAUAAUAAUGCAUAUCAUUUAAAUGGGAAUUUCAUAAUUGGCGCUGAAUUUCGUGACAAUCAUUUUUAUAUUAUUCUACAAAAGAAUAAACAAAUAUGGACUGAUGUGGAAUUAGAUUUAAAAUCUAUGAAAGUAUCAUCAUUAGACGGUGUGCAUAAAUUACACAUAAAAUAUACAAUGAUUUGGUUGACACAUGAAAAUAACCAUUCAAUGAUCAAUUUAUGGCCAUUGAUCAAAGUAAAUUUUGGCGAUGCAACUGACAGUUGGAUUACUGUUGGUCCAAAUAUCAAUCAUCAUCAUAAUAAUAAUUUGACAAUAUUAACUAAUGCACAAGAAAUGAGAUUAAUGGAAAGUUUGAAAGUAUCCAAUGAAAUUUAUCAAACACUAUGGCAGAAUACAUUAUGGUUUGGUAGAACAUUAUAUUUAGGUGGUAUAAAUUAUACAAAAUCCAUUGAAAAUGGUUUAUUUAUACCAGGAAUUCAAAAUAUUAAUAGUAAACGGCGAAAUUUUCAAGGUUAUAUUACUAAGGUAACCAUCAAUGGUUUACGUUUGGAUUUACACUCAGCUAUUCAAACACGUAUUCGUUAUUUGCACAGUAUUUAUUAUGAGAAAAUUCAAACAAUGGGAAAAUUCUCUUUUCCCUUAGAGUGUAACAUUCUUAAUAAUAAUAAUAAUAACGAUGAUGUACAAACAGCUAUGUUUUCAAAUAUUUGCUCAUCAUCCAAUUUCAAUGAAUUAUCAUGUCCAAUUAUUAAACAAAGUGAUCAUCAAAGAGGAAGAUUAAUAAAUUCCUGUUUGAAUAACUCAUCCAAGUUUAAAGAUUCUAUACCAAUUCUACAUUUCAAUGGAUUACAACUGAUACGUAUACAAUUCCCUGCUCAACAAUAUUCAUCAUCAUUAUGGUUUGAAUUGAUAUUUCAAACAAAUCAAUUGAAUGGAACACUGUUAUGCACUGAAUCAGAUUCACAAUACAAAGUAUAUGCUAUGAACAAGUUGACUGCACCGAAUAUUCACGCAGAAGAAAGAGAAGAACAAGAAAAACAUUUGACAUUUGAAGAAACAAAUAAAUUUCAUGCAUCAGUUGAACAUCGAAUCGAUCAGCAAAGAAUUUAUGAUGGAAAUUUUGUGUUAAAUUAUAAUAGUUUUCAAAUAUUCCUUGUCAAUGGUUAUUUACAUUUGAAGUAUAUUGUCAAGGAUAAAAAUGAAAUAUUCAAAUUACCAGUGUUUAUAUCCAAUGGAAAAUGGCAUCAUUUUGAAUUAUUUUACAAUGAUUCAUAUAUGACUGUACAUUUGGAUGAAAAUGUAUUCAGUCAGAAAUCAUAUUUAAAUAUCACAGAAUUACCUAUUCAACAAAUCAUCAUUGGAUUAGCCAAUUCACAUGAAUCAUCAUCCUCUGUACCAAUCAACUCUAGGUUUAACCAGAUUACCGGUUAUAAUGGUGACAUAGCAUACUUUCUAUACAAUGGCCUUGAACUAAUGCCACAUAAGAAAAUACAAUUACCUAAUCAUGAUGAUACAAUGAGUCAUAGUAAUCUUGAAAACAUCUUUGCAUAUCCAUUGAAUCAAUGGAUAAUAGAAUUCAAUGCUCAAUUAUUUGAGCAUCAUCAUCAUCAUCACUCCAGUCAUAAACAACCAAUCAGUUAUGAUUUUCCUCCUAUACAAUUUAAACAAUCCAAAUGUUAUCUUUCAAUGAUGAUCAAUGAACGUUUUGAUUAUUAUGUAGAAUUUAUAGUGAAAUUUUCUUUUCAAACAUCAAUUGAUCAAGGAUUAUUAUUGUUUAUUGUUAACACAUUAAAUGAUCAUUUUUUGUUGAUUGAAUUGUUCAAUAGUCAAUUAUUAUUUACAAUAUAUUUUAAUGAUGAAUUAAUAACACAAACAAUAACACCAACAAUGAACAACGACGUAGUAUUGUUUAAUGAUUCACAAUGGCAUACAGUGGAAUUAUUUAGGGCGAAUAAAGACAGUAGUAACAUACUGACACUUCGAAUAGAUGCACAAACACCAAUUGAAACAUUUACAAAUAUACAUUUAACUGAACUAGUUAAUUUUAAACAAUUAAUUUCAAAUGCUGUUAUCAAUAUUGGCGGUUGUUCCAUGUUGGAUUUAAUAAAAUUUCAAGGUAAAAUCAAAUCGAAAUAUGGCUUUCAAGGUUGUAUUGCCAAUUUUCAAUUGAACCAUCAUUCAACAGUCAAUCUUUUACAAAUGGCUAAAAUAUAUCCGAAUCAGAAAUGUAAUGAUCAGAUAGUUUAUGGAUGUCAAUCAAUGACAUCCGGUUGUGCAUUGUCACAAAUGAAAACUAGUAAUACUAAUAAUAAUAAUGUAUACACGCUUCAAUCAAGUUUUUAUGAUCUUCAAUCAUCAAGUGACGAUUUGAGAAAUGUACACAUGUGUUAUAAUGAUGGAAAAUGUUUGGACAGAUGGCAUACAUUUUAUUGUGCAUGUGAUUUUACUACAUUUCAAGGUCAACAGUGUAAUGAAGUUGGCACAACGUUACAUUUUGGUAAAAUCAAUUCAAUCAAUGUUCAAUUGUUCAAUAUUAAUGAAACAUUAACUCCAUUAAAACAAUAUACUGGAUUUGUACAAUUUCAAAUUGAAUAUCCAACUAUUUCAACAAUAUUAAAGAAUGAUGCAUAUUCUACUGUAAAUGAUAUAUUCACUUUAGGAAUACAAUUAGAUGUAAAUGCGUUACAUCAUAUUGAUAAGUUAAAAUCAUCUGAUAAUAAUAAUCUGAUCAUUACUUUAUUAUAUGCUACAAAUCAGCAUCAAAAUAAUCUGACUUAUAUUCAUGUCUAUUUGGAACAAGGAUUUUUAAAAAUGAAAUUUUUAUUCGAUGGUUCAAUAAUGAUUAUCGAUGGUCCAAAGAUCAAUGUACAAGAUGGAUAUUAUCAUAGAAUUCGAGGUAUUCGAUCCACUGAUCAAAUUCUUCUUGAAGUUGAUCAAUAUCAAACUGUUUAUCGUUUGUAUAAUGAGUUCACUACAUUAUGGAAAACACAAUAUAUUUGGUUGGGUCAUUCACCAUUGUCUAAUCAAUCAGAUUUUAUCAAAGGUUAUGUAACAGGAGUUUAUUACAAUGGAUUACAAUUAACUGAUCUUGCAUCUGGUUUACAACAUUUAACAUUUGUUAAAGUCAUUCGAUAUGGUGAAGUAGAGCCAACAAAUACAUUUCAAUUGAAAUUAGGACCAAAUAGUCCAUUUAAUAUUGAAUUCAAUCCACGAAAAGGUAAAAAACACUUACACCUGUCAAAAUCUUCAUCACCAAUUUUUAAUUCAUUCACACUUACAACAGAUAGGAUUACUAAUUUCAAUAUACCUAAUAAUAUAAAUGAUGAGUCAUCAUUACUCCCAUUAGUAUCAUUAUAUUCUAAAACUUCCGAAAUUCAACCAAUCAUAAUCACAUCUACAAAAUCAUUAAACAUUGGAUUAUUGAUUUGUUUAAUUUUAACUGGUUUCAUUUUAAUUAGUUCAUUUGGUUUUCUUAUUUAUCGUUGUAUACAUCAACAACAUUUGGAUGAAUUUAGUAAUAAUAAUAAUAAUAUUAAUAAUAAUGAUAUUGAUAAUAAUAUUAAUACUAAUCACAUAUCACAAACUGACCGACUGGAUUCAAUCAAUGAAUCAAAUCUGUUACAAUCAGUCGGGAAUAAUAAAGUGCAUGAGUUCAUGAGUCAUAAAAACUAUUCAUCUAUUGAUCAUAAAUAUCAAACCAGCUCAAUGAUAUCACCACCACCACCACCUUCUUCAUAUUUCGUUGGUGUUAAUCAUAAUGAUAAUAAUAAUAAUAAUAAUAAUAAUAAUAAUAAUAAUGAUCAAUAUGUGAAUAAUACAGUCGAUAAAUUACAAACAUCAUUAUAUUUGAACAAUGAAUCAUUUCCAUGUUUAUUAAAUCAAGUUCCAACAACCAAUCAAAAUAAAUCUUCACUACAGUUCAACAAUGAUCAACAAAUUAUUCAUGAUGAUUACAAGUUGAACAGGUAUAAGAAUUUCUCUACUUUGUCUACAAUACAGAAUAAUAAUCACAAUCACAAGAAUAAUAAUAGUAAUAAUAAUAAUAAUGAUAAUAAUAUGCUGAACUAUACUAAUUUCUUUACUUAUCACCCUCAAAAAUAUCAUAAUUUAUAUAAAUCUAGUAUAAAUGAUUUUACUUUUGUACAAAAUAGACAAGCUAUGUAA